CUUCUCCUCCAUACCCAUACACGAAUCUUCGACUGUCUAAAAUCUCCCUCUCUCAAUCUCUCCUUGAAGAACAAGAACGCAACAGAGAUCUCCCUCUCUCAAUCUCUCCUUGAAGAACAACAACGCAACAGAUCUCUCUCUCUCUCUCUCGCAACAGGCAGAACAUAAAAGAAAAGAAAUAAAAUACAGGGCGAGAGAGAGAGAGAGAGAGAGAGAGAGAGAGAGAGAGAGAGAGAGAGGGGAAAAUGUCGAAGAAGAAAGCUUUCAGCGGCUCGACCAUGACCCUGAAAGAUUUCCAUGGCGGUUCCAUCCCUUCCGAUCUCCCUCUCCCUUCCGCUCCUGGCGUUAUCGUACGACCGUCCGAUCGAUCACCUUUCGACCGUCAGAUCCCGACGCCGCCCUGGGGAUCCAGCUCAAUCGUCCGAUCCGACCACCGAUCCCGGCCCGGAUCGUCGGGCCCCACCCGCACCUUCGACGAGAAGGCUUCUUUCCUCUCGGUUCCCCACAUUGGUCGUAAUUUCGAUGAGGACGAACGAAAGCCGUUCGAUGGCGGUGUUACCCGUCGUCCUGCAAGCGACGAUUCCGUGCGGGACCCAUUGAUCGUCCGUCCGGAUCCCAAGCCCGUCACCGCGCGGCAGGUGUCGACUGCGCCCGUUGUGCACUCCCAGCCGCCCGCCGUGGUGAAGCUAGCUGCAGGCCCGAACGCAUGGGCGUCGAGGAGAGAGGCAGUGGAGCCCGCCCCACCGGCUGUGGUGGCGGCAGCAGCAGGGACGGCAUCGGCCUGGAGUGGGCCGAGUGCAGUAUCGAAGUUUGCGCAAGCUAGCGCGGUCGAGAAGAUCUCAUCAGGGAGGUGGCAGUCGAAGCCUGGGCAGGUCUAUCACCAACCGCCGGAUGUUGAAGUCAUUAGAUUUGUUGAGGCAGAGACGGAGACUCAUGUUCGUUUUGGUAACAGUCAGAUUGAUGGUAGAAUCGAAUUGGAAGUGGCGCGAGGGAAGUAUGGGGAUAGGGAUAUGUCACCAAAGUACCCUGAAGCAAAGGAGAAGGGUCCGGCAUUUUAUUCGGAUGGGGCCUGGCCAGCUUCCACUGAGGGUAAGUUGGGCAGUGGGUCUCAAUCACAGGCAGUGAUGGAAGCGUUGGAGCGGCCAAAGCUGAAGCUUCUUCCAAGGACGAAGCCCAUGGAUCCUUCGGAGGCACAUGUUGUGGAUUAUGAUAAGCAGGGGUACCAACCACCGGUUGCUGACUCGGGUCAUGUUGAAAGUGUUAAUGAAUUUUUUGGGAAUGUGAAUCCUCCGAAACCAGGGUCCGCUGGGGGUGAUGGGGCCAAUCGGGCUGUUGAGCGUCCCAAAUUGAAUUUGAAGCCUCGCUCCCAGCCUCGUGAAAGGUCGGACGGUAGCGUGGAGAGGGAAAGGAACACAUUGUUUGGUGGUGCCCGCCCCCGUGAAUUGGUUUUGAAGGAGCGUGGGUUUGACGAUGUCGUUAUUAACAAUCUUGACAUGAGCCAACCUGCCAACAGAAACGACCAAAAUGUGCUGGACCAUCUCAGAAAAUGUGACCAAAAUCCCCCUUCCAGGAACGCAUACCAAUUUGUAUGUCCUGCAGGUGACCUGUAAGGUGGUUUUAGUUGCAAAAGCAAGAUAUUUCUGCAAAAAACUACAUGCUUCCAUUUGCUUUGUUAAUUGGGAUGUGAAUUGCUGGUUGACCGGAUCAAUAUUAUAUUUAGGGUUUUUUCUUUUCUGCCAAGAAACCAUUAUAACUACUGUAAAUCAUCAUGUGCCAAAAACAUCAUCAAGGCAUUCUUGUCUCUCUCCCUCUCCCUCUCCCUGGAAAAGGAGAUUUUGGUUGAAAAGAGGAAAUGUACAAGAAUCGGCCCAAACUAGCGGUGCUUCAACCUGUGUUGAGGAUUCUGUGUGGAUGGGACCUGUCUUUCAUUGAUUGGGGCGUUGUUUGGAGGCCCUCAUGCAUAAGCUUCCCCGUGGAAAAUCCUUGCCAUCUGCACUUUGCAAGCGGGAUGGUUGAAAAGAAUGCAUCCAUGCUCAUAUGGAUCAGGGAAACAAAGUUCACCAUGCAAAUUGCUGGUUUGCUUGGUAGAUGAAAAGGCUUCACAUCCAUCGCUCAUCCAUUGUGGAACCUGCUAGAUGGUCUUGAUCGCUCUAGGGUGGGCCCCAUCUGCACAUAAUGCUAACCUUAAAGGAAUGCCUUUAAUUGUGGUGAACCAUUGAUUAUAGACCGUU